CACACACGGCCGUGGACAAAGCGGGUUCAGACAAUGAAUGGAUGGAUGGAUUUUGUGUGUUUUUUAUAAAUGAACAAAUGGCACACAUGUAAGCAAUCGGGUUUUAUUAGCAAUAUGUUACCAUAUUUCGAAAAACCCAUAUGGUUUUUGUUUGACGCUCUAGAAAUGUUGAUUAUGUAUUCGGUUUAGGUGAGUUUUCUUGCAAAUUGUGCAACUCACAAAAUAGUUUUGCAUUUGUUUUCUGUUAGUUGUGUUCUGUUUGAAGAGACUCAGUAGAUAAAUGUCGCUGGAACAUUCUGAGUUUAAAUUCCCUAAAUGUGACAGAUUGUGCUCAUCUGCAUAGUAAACCACAAUCUGCAUAAAUUUAUGAUAACUGCAUUUUAUGGGGGGGACGCAAAACAUUAGAUUCUAACUGGCUUAAUUAAAAAACCUACAAAUUACAGCCCACUUAAAUUUCCCAAACAGUCAUCUGUCCUUAGUUUGUCUCUUAGAGCACGCUGUUUUCCCACAGAUUGUCUUAUCAGGGCUUGGCAUAGCUGCACCCUGGAACAGCUGAUGGGAGGAGUCAAUUCAACUGAAGUAAACCUUUUACCAGCUCCAAAAAGCCAUCACUGCUACGAAACUGUCUCUCAUUUAACUCCAGCAAGUUAAAAAAACAUGCCAUUUCUCAGAGACGUGUGCGUGAAGGUUUCUGACUUAACAGGGCUGAGUGACAAGGACUUUUGUGUCUCCGCCAGGUUGAGUUUUUGAAGCAAAUCCAUCUCCUGAAUGUGUUCAGCAGCCAACUAUGUUCUCCCCUUGAGGAGAACCUGUGAGGAGGUAGCUGCUCCAGGCAGGCUGUGUGGAGGAGUGUCCAUCCACGCUAAUUUAACUGGAGUCAGGCCACAUGGCGCUCCACAGGACUCAGACAUGGAUGUGGCUUGGCAGGAGCUAAUGGCCAUCACAGAGUUACAGGAGUUUCAAGUCCCAAGUGAAGGCUCCUAUGAAUCCACUCAGUACCAAAGUGUGCAGCCCAUGGCCCCUGCUGGAGAUUAUGGGAUGGUUCAGCCUCAUUGUGGACCUCUUCCUGCUGCUUGGGACCUGAGUGCUGCUGACACUCACGAGGGCUGCUGCUACCCUGAGGAAAUGUCCACCUGCUCCCGUCUGAGCAGCAACACAGAGACAGGCUAUGAAAACCCAGAGCAUCAGCUGGGUCAAAGGAUGCUGCCCGUCUCUUCUCAUGCUCAGUCAUCUCUCAUGAGCAUGACAAGUACCAGUAAGGGUCACAGGAGGCCCAAUGCCUGCCUGUCUCAGGGUUUGAACCGGCACAUGAUGUGGACUACACUGGGACAAAAUGCACCGGUUCGCUCCGCUGAUGAUCUAGAGUCAGAUUCUGGUCUCUCACUGGGAUCCAGUCCUCCUUUGGCCUCCCCAGACAACCCUGCAGUUGGCACACCAGGUUACCACAACCUAGACAUGAGCUUGGUGUAUAAAGACUGUGAGGACAGCAUGGCUGAGCACACAAGAAGAGCCCGUGUUAAUUACUCAAUGGACUGUCAGAGCCAGUCAUAUUUACACUCAGGUGAACAUGCAUCUUAUUUUUCUCCUCAGCCUAAUUUAUCUUACCCACAAUCCUGUGCUGUAACCUCUCACCCAGUGAAACAGCCAAGCCCGGCUGACCAGUACAGCGUCAUGACCAGUAGAGUGGGCACACACCACACUGUGUUCACCAAACCACAAGGGGGCAUUUCUACUCCAAUGAGCAGGGACGAGAGGAGGGCCGCGGCUUUGAAGAUCCCCUUCCCCAUGGAAAAGAUUAUUAAUCUACCCGUGGACGACUUCAACGAGCUCCUAACCCAGUACACCCUCAACGACACUCAACUGGCGCUUGUCAGAGACAUCAGGCGCAGAGGGAAGAACAAGGUGGCCGCUCAGAAUUGCAGGAAAAGGAAGCUGGAGAGCAUAAUUCAUCUAGAAAGAGAACUGAACCACCUGCAGGCCCAACGAGACCACCUGGUCCAGGAACGCCUGGAGUUCACACGCAGCCUGGCCUUUAUCAAAUGUCGCCUCACAGACCUCUACAAGGAAGUGUUUUCUCACUUAAGAGACCAGGACGGACAGCCUUACUCUGUAGAUGACUAUUCCCUACAGCAGACACCUGAUGGAAGUAUUUAUUUGGUACCACAUUCAAUGGAUAAUAGAGAAUAAUAUGUGAUAUUUGAGGUUGUCCCCCUGUAUUAAAAAGGUGCUUAACUGCCAAUCUCGUUCAGCUGGUUUUUAAAAACGUAUUCAAACCAUAACAGAUGGAGAUGACAUUUUUAUUAAAAAAUACUUUAUUCAAAAGGUAAAAAAAUAUGCUGCACAGCAGUCUUCAGUUAAAAAAUGCUUCCACAUGCAACCAUUGUCCCGUUAACCUGUGGGAGAAGGAACAUGAGGAUCAAUUAAAUCAAGGUGAAAACGUGGUUGUAGUCCAUUUGUACCUGAGUGAGGCUGUCACUGGGAAGCUACUGGUCUGAAUUUGGAGCCAUUGUUGAUUCACCUGGAGAGCAGAAAACAAUGAGUAAAAGGCACUUGCAAUUAUCAGUUAUUUGUAUUUAAUGCAUGCAGUUAUGUUUGGACUCUCUGCAAAGAGUCCAAUUUAACCGUCAACACUGGUGCGAGUACAAACUUAAAAGUUUACAUUAUUGGCUUUACAACUCACUACCAGCUACAAAAAAAAAAAAAAGAAA